CGACUUUGGGCUGUCCAUAUCUGUCGACGGCGCGAGUAACAUGCUCAACUCCACACGGUCGGGCAACGAGCGGUACCUCGCGCCGGAGCAGACCAUGCCGAACCUAACCGACAAGGAGAUGAAGACAAAAGAUGCCAUCUACGGAGUCCCGACCCGCUUUAUCUCAAGCUCCAAUCGGCCCACGACGCAGACCGACCUGUUCUCGUUUGCGAUGCUCUGCAUCGAGCUCUACACCGGUGACAAUCCGUUUCAGGGCGUUCAGAAUGGGAGUGUUACACGUGAGAUCAUGCACGGGAAACGGCCAGCCUUGCCAAAGGAGAUUGCGGGACAGCGGCUUCUGUCCGCUCGCAUAGAGAGAUGUUGGCGCCAGAACCCUGGGGAGCGCGAGGACGCGGGGAGGCUGCUGGAUGACAUGCGGCGUAUUGCAACUUAUGAUAGAGUAUAGAUAUUAUACAGCCCGGGUUCUCUUUCCACAAUCUAAUACCUUAAUACUACUC